AUGUCUAAACAUAAUUAUACAAAUCCGGCUUUUUGCCAGAACAGUGAAUUUUAUCCCGUGCCCUCGGCCAACAAAGAAAAUGUGGAAUCAAUUUAUAAUCGUAGCUUACAAAUGAAUUUUAAUUCGAAUACAACGCGUUAUGAUCCGCGCGAAGGUCCAUUGCGUAUGCAACGAAGCAUGUCCACGCGUUCGGUGGCCAUUAAAAAGUCUAUGGUCGAUACAUCACCAGCUGUACAUCAGCCACAACAACAACAACAACACCAACGUAUGCAGCACCAUCAACUGCAGGAAAAACAACAAUUGCAGUUUGUGCAGCAACAACCAGCGCGUCCUAUUAAGCCUCAAACUUCUAAUCGUUUGAAUGAGUCAUUUGAAACUAGAUCAGGUUCUGGCCGUUAUGCUUUAGUGCCUGUAGAAGAGUUGCCUCAAAAUCAAAAUAAUCGUUAUGCCAUUGUGCCCGGUCCACCUUUAACGAAUAUAAAUAAUCCUUCCUCACCCUCUCCCUUAGUGGUUAGCAGACGUUAUGCCAAAUCUCAAGAUGAUUUAGAUCGUUAUUCUUCACAAGUACAAUUGGAACAGGAAGAGCCGCAUUCUUUUCAUGAAGAUCCCUCAGCAGCUCCUUAUGCCAGUUUGCCACCCAUAUUAGAUCAACCACAGCUACAACCUAAACGCAAAAUAUCCCUGCAAAAUCGUCAAUCUUCGGUGCAAAACUUACAGCAGCAACCCCCCAAAAUAAAACAUGCCUUUUCCAGUGAUUUUGGCAGCAAAACUUUCUUAGUGGUAGAUAAAAACUCCAAUCAAAGAUAUCAAAUGGUGCCCACCGCUGAGGAUGAGGAAUUGGUAGAUGAUAAUCAUGAGAUAAUACAAAUGCAUAAUGGUAAAGCCCAUCGUUAUGCCAUGAUACCAGCCGAGGAUGAA